UUUUUGGAAUAUCCCCAAGCGAGUGUCGGUCAAUGGAUCCGCAACAGCGAAUACUUCUCCAAGUUGUUUAUGAAGCAAUUGAGGAUGCUGGCAUACGUCUAGAAGAUUUACAACAAUGUCGAACUGGUGUUUAUGUUGGAUCGAUGAAUAUAGAAUACAGCUCUCUUGUUAUGGAUCAGUCAAAUAUUCGAAAAAUUGAUCAAUUCUCAUCGACUGGCUGUGCUUUGUCAGUCUUGGCAAAUCGCAUAUCUUUUUCCUUGAACUUAACCGGUCCAAGUUUAACGUUGGAUACAGCCUGUUCAUCCUCUCUCGUUGCUUUAGACGUAGCAUAUGCACACUUACAAAAUGGUGAAUGCGACGCUGCGAUAGUAUGUGCGCCAAAUAUUCUUUUGAUUGGAAACAAAUUCCAUACGGCAUCCUGCAGGACUGGAUUAUUAGCCGAAGAUGGUCGUUGCAAAAGUUUUGACAUAAAAGGAGACGGAUAUGGGCGGGGCGAAGGUGUAGCUGCCAUCAUUUUGAAACCAACUCAAAACGCUUUGGAUGAUAGAGAUAACAUUUAUGCGGAAGUUGUAGCGUGUGGUACGAAUAACGAUGGUCAAACGGCAAUCCCAAUGACAGCACCUAGUGAGGCAACGCAAGCAGCCUUGUUUGAAAGAGUUCUUCAAGAAUCUGGUUUGUCUAAAGACGACAUAAGUUACGUGGAAGCACAUGGUACUGGUACAGCUGUGGGAGACGUCGUCGAAAUGGGCUCAUUAUCCGAAGUUUAUGGAAAUAGUAGUGGAAGAGUACUUCGUGUAGGAUCAGUUAAAUCAAACAUAAACCAUACGGAGUCAACAGCAGGAUUAGCCGGAUUGAUAAAAGUAUGUUUGAUGAUAAAACAUGCUCGAUUUGUCCCGACAAUUAACGUGCAUCAAUUGAAGCCACAGCUUAAAUUGCCCGAGCGAAAAAUGGUUGUUCAAGCUUGUAAUGAACCUUGGAAAACUGAAGAAGACAAACCGAGAGCUGCUGCAAUCUCCUCGUACGGCUUCGGUGGAACAAAUGCUCAUGCUAUCGUCAGAGAAGUUACUAAGAAGCCUGUCAUUAUUAUCGAGAACAGAUCUUCAUUUAACAGAGUUCUGACACUAUCUGCGGCGUCGAAAGAUGCAUUGAGAGCAAUGGCCGGGAAGAUGUCCCAAUCGCUUAUGUUAAAGCCUGAUGACGAUGAACUUUUCAAGGACGAUAUUUGUUAUUCCCUAAAUGAAAGGUACGCAAUGCUGCCCCAUCGCUUAGCGGUCAGCUUUUAUUCAUUCAAAAAUGCAGCAAAAGCCCUAGAGAUGUUUUCCAAUCAGACAAAUGGAUGGGAAGAAUUAGUGGCUACCGGCAACGUUGAUAAAGUACCUAAAAGUGUCGUAUUCCUCUACGGUGGUCAAGGGGCUCAGUGGCAUGGCAUGGCAAAAGAAAUGUUGGUCCAUGAGCCAAAAUUUAAGGAAAGCAUUGAAAAGAUUGACGCACUCCUGAAAAAGCACAAUGCUCCAUGGUCCUUGAUUACUGAGCUCAAUAAACCUGAAGAAGCCUCCCGACUUCAUGAAAACGAAAUUGGACAGCCGGCAUUGUUUGCCAUACAUGUUGCUUUGACUGGGCUGCUGGAUUCAUGGGGUGUUCGACCGUCCGCUGUAGUUGGUCACAGCCUUGGAGAAAUAUCAGCAGCUUGGGCAUCUGGAGCAUUGCCUUUGAGUAAAGCUUUGCAGUUGGUUCUGUUCCGCUCCCAACUCCACGAGAAAUGUUCCCCAACAGGCUGUAUGGCUGCUAUUGGAAUGGCAGAGGAAGAAGCUCGACGUAUGCUGCAAGAUCUUCACUUGGAGAACGAAGUUGAUGUUGCAGUCGUCAAUAGCCCUGGUAAUGUUGUGCUAUCUGGUAACAAAUUGUCUUUAGAUCUUGUUGAAAACCACGUAUCCAGUCAAAGAGGAGACAUAUUUUGGAAGAAACUGGCCACAACACGAGCAUAUCAUAGCCGGGAAAUGGAUAAAAUAAAGCAAGCAUAUUUCAAACUCACAAGUAAAUUCAAUGUCAACCAGAUGCAAAGCAAUAUACCAUUUUAUUCAACUGUUACCGGCGCCCAGCUAUCUGGUCAGCUCUUGUCACUCGAGCAUUGGUGGUGUAACAUCCGUCAAACGGUCCUACUAGAGCCUGUAUUAAAAAAUAUGUUUUCUGAUGGUCACCAGUUCUUUCUUGAAAUUAAUGCAGCGCCUCAGCUUUCGUACCAUGUUCGUGAAACCUGGUCCCGCAAUCAAGCGUCUGGCUCCCUGCAGUCAAAUGACGUCGUUGUAGUUCAAACUCUGCCAAAGCGGUCAGUCAAUAACCAGCACUUAUCAUUUCUUCAAAAUUGUGUUGCUCGUCUCUUUGUAAAUGGUGUGUCGUUAUCAUGGAAUAAAGUACAAGGCUCAGGAUCGAAAACCUUUUUCCCCCGUCCAACAUAUCCAUGGCAAGAGAAAGAGUUUUGGUACCGCAGUGCCCAUCCGCCUGAAUUCGUUACAUUCCUCGAUGAGCGAAACACUGAUGAACAAACUACUACAACCGCCACUAUCCAUCCCCUUCUUGGAAAAACUGUACCGACAGAAAUAUUCACUGGUUUAGAGGCUUGGGAAUCUGAAAUCAAUUUGCACGAUGUUCCCUACAUCAAAGAUCACAAAUUUUCACAAUCAUCGGACCCAGUGAUGCCUGCAGCUGUUUAUAUCGAGAUGAUAGCUGCAAUGUCGUUGCAUUUAUCUCCACAAUCAACUCCCGAAAUACGGAGCAUUAGCUUUGAAAAACUCCUGACCAUAUCCAACAACGACUCGUACAGGAUUAGAACACGUCUUCAGCCUGGAAAAUCUUUUAGUGAAGAAAAAUCAUUCCAGAUAACAAUAGUGGAAAGCAACGAGGAAGAAAUUGUUGUUUCACAAGGCUCUAUUCAACUUGGUGUUAAGGAUGGGCAUAUUCUAAAACGUAAGUACUUUAAACAGGUAAUCCGUUUACGGUUAGAUAUUUACCUUCAGAUAUCGUUUAUUUACUAA